GUGUUCCAAUCUAAUCAACAUGAAUACGGCUGCCUCCACAAGAUUGCAUCAAAGAUAAUGGCGUUUUGGGGGCCAUAAUACAUCCAAACCAGCACACUAUUAAAAUCAAUUAUUAUUAUUCUAAUUGAAUUAAGGUCUUUGAAGGAGUGAGGGGUGACAAAAGAGUAAGGGUAUCGUCAUUCAGAUUAGGCGAAAGAAGCCAUACAAGACACCUAAUAUUUAGUAGACAAUUAAUUCCCCCAUUUUGGUCUUUCCUACCAGGUUUUGACUAGAGUAGCAGCUCUUCGCAUAUUUACUUUCCUAACCUGGCCCGUGCCGAGCCCAGAGUUGCACCUUUGUUUGCUAGCCCGGCAUGGCCAUGGGGGAGCUGGGCCUGGGCCAGGAGUUCCGUUCGUGGCGCCAGUUCAGCAGCUUCUUUGACGACUGGUGCGAGCGGCACAAGGUCCUCUUCAUCAUCGCCAGCCUCAAGCCGCUGGUCUCCCCGUGCCAGGACCCACCGUCCUUCCUGCCCAACCUGGCCAAGACCCUGCGCUUCCGCUUCGUCCGCUUCAUCUGCAAGCACAGCGGCACCUACGUGGGCCAGAGCAAGAACAUACAGGGCUUCGCUUUGUAUGUGGCUGAACCCCCAAGGCCUAGAACAGUUCCUGACACACAGAGAGAGAAGAUUGACUGCCCAGCCAAGCUCACCCUCCGUCUGGGCCCCAGGAGGGACCGCCUGGUGGUGACCGAGGCCACCCUGGAGCACAACCACCAGCUGGCUCCCCUGGAGUUCACCCGCUGCUUCCGGCGCCGCCAGCUAGAGGCCUGCCUGGGGCUGCCCAUCCGCAUCACCAACAGCGUGUCCAAGCGCUUCCUGGCCCUUGAUCUGGUAUGGAACCUAGAGGAGUACAGCCGCGACAAGGACAAGGGCAUGUGUGAGCUCCUAAGCCAGCUGGAUGCCCUGUUCCGUGCUGACCCAGGGGCCAAGGUCAAACUGGUAUUCCAGGAAGACGCGGCGGUCCUCAACUCCAUCUUCCUGGCCACCUCCCACAUGCAGGCGCUGGCCUGCGCCUGCCCCCACCUGCUUUUCUUGGACCAGGCUGCCUGCCUGCCGGGCAACUUUGAGCUCUAUUCUGUGCUGUGCCAGGAUGCCAACGGGCGGGGGCGUGAGGUGGCCUACUGCCUGAGCCAGGCUGGCACGCCCAACCUCCUGGUGUUCAUCGUGGCCUCGCUGGUGCAGAGCGUGCCCGAGAUCAAGGCCCGCGUGGAGUGCCUGACGGUAGGGGCGGCACUCCCAGGCCUGGACGCCCUCCAGGAGCUCCUGCCCCAUGCCAGGGCACAGGUGUGCCGGACGCAGGUUCUGGAGGUCCUGGGCAGGCGGGCGCAAGAACUGGUGGGGCCAGGGCAGCGGCAGCUCGUCAACCUGCUGCACAACCUGGCUCACGCCGCCUCGUCCAAGGUGUACAACCAGUACCUGCGCACUCUGAAGGACACGGCCCCCCUUGAGUUUCUCCGUUACUUCCUAGAGGCCUGGCACCCCCACAGGGAUGCCUGGGUAGCCUGCUGGGCCUACUGCCACAGCGGGGUGGAGGGCCAGGGCCCCUUCGUGGACCACUUCGGCAGCCACCGCCAGAAGCUCCUGCCUGUCUUGGCCACGGAUCCCUCGUUGGCGGGCCUGGUGCGGGGCCUCCUGGAGCUUGAGAGCCUGGCAGCCGAGCUGAGGACACUGCCCGCCGAGGAGGUAGCCCAGAAGUACCAGCAGGCCUGGCCUGCAGAAGCAGCAGCCCUGGUGGCAGAGGAGCUGGCCCUGGCACGGCACGGGGCGGUGGGCGCCAUCCGGCCAGCUGGGGAUGGGGGGUUCAUCCUUGAGGGGAGUGGUGGGGGACAGGGGGCCACCUUUGCCAUAGGGCCUGACCUGGCCUCGUGCAGCUGCUCCAUCUUCACUGCCAGCCACAGACCCUGCCGCCACCUCUUUGUGGCACGCCUCUGGGCUGGGAGGGCGCUCUUCGAUGCCAGCCUGAUGCCCCUGGGGGACGACGGGUAAGGUGGUCUGGUCUGCGGUCCUCGUUGACUGGCUGCUCUUAGCAAAUGGGAAGGAAAAUACUAAGAAGUUACUGUUCCACUUCCCGCCACCUCACUCCAAAUUGAGGCUGACCCUGUCUUGGUGAGCCCUGGCCAAGUAGUGUCCAGGGAAAGCAGGGCAGGAAGAGGAGUCACAUGUGCCUAUUUCCUUGUAAGAAUAAAAGGAGUUUGUGGGAUAUUUUAAA